AUGUACCACAAUGGUAAACUAAGAGGUAACUAUUAUGUGAAUGGGUCUGUUGAUUGGUUUGAUUAUUGUGAUAAGAAUACAAUGUCAAUAACUGAGAUAGAUGACGUGGUAAAGGAGUUAGGGUACAAAGAUAUCAUUAACUACUGGUACAGUAUUCCAGGUGGUUAUUUUGAUGGUGGCCUAGUUAAGCUGAGUGAGGAUGCAUAUGUCUUAGACAUGCUAAUAUUUGUGCCAGACACUAGGUUGAUAAAUAUAUUCUUAGAACAUGUGUUGGCAUGCAGUCAAGAGCAAUUUUGCAGUCAAGUGGCUUCAAACAUAUUUAUAAAUUUUGAUGAUGAUUUUGGGACCAACACUAGGGUAGUGAUUGAAGAGCUUGUUGACAAUUAUGGUGUCAUUGUUCCAAUUGGUGGGGGAGUAUCCCAAGUGGGAGAGGUAAAAAAACAAGUGUUGAAAGGCAAACAUAUAGUGACAGAUGACAUGUCACAUAGGGUCAAGCGUGCUUUUGGUAGAAAAAGAUGGAAGGGUUUGAGGAGGAAAAAUAAUGUUCAACAGAAAGGCAAAAAAACUGUGGAAGGAACUGUUAAGGGCAUUAGGACCGAGUCCAAAAGUGACUCUAUGAAGUUGAGAAGUGGAAGAAGAUAUGCAAAUGCUACAGAUUUUGAAGAUUUUGAUGAUGAUUUUGCUGAUAGUGAGGACUCAUAUUAUGUGCAUGCCAAGAACAUUGGUGAAGAUGAAGAUGAUGAUUAUGCCAAGUGUAAUUCUGACCAUGAAGGUGAUAAGAAUUGGCUAAAGUUCAAUGCUACAAUUGACAUGGCAGAUCCAAAGUUUGAGAUUGGCAUGUUGUUUACUAAUUGUAAGGUCUUUAGGGCAGCUGUCAAAGAACACUCCAUCUUGCAGAAAAGGAAUGUUGUCUUUAUUAGGAAUAAGGCUUUGAAGUUGAAGGUAGUUUGUGGGGACCCAGAUUGUGAGUGGAUGAUAUAUGAUUCAAAAAUGCAACAUGAGAACACAUUGCAAGUGAAGACAUAUGUAGUCAGCUAUUUCAAGAAGACUGUUGAGAAGGAUUAUAAUACAGGGGUGUCAAGACAACAAGUGUAUAGGGCAAAAGAUAAGGCACUAAAGCUGAUUGAGGGCACUUUCAAUGAACAAUAUUCAAGAAUUUGGGAUUAUUGUGAAGAAUUAAGGAGCACUAAUCCAAGAACCAUAACAAUGGUUAAGUGUGAUUUCCAAGAACAGUUAGGGCAACCAGAGUUUCAAAGUUGUGGAAUUAGAAUGCCAGGAUUCUUGGAUUUGGUUUAUGGAGCUAUUGGUUAA